CAUGAUAUCAAAACAGAUACACCGCAUGAUCGUUUUUGUUUCUUUUCUCUUUUAUUCGUCAUGAAUAACUCUUUUUUACUGCUGUUAUUACUGCUAUUUUCAACUGUACAUGCCUAUAAAACGAUUAUUGAUGUCUUAUCAGAAGAUGCUCGCUUUUCAACCCUUAUCAGGCAUUUACAAUACACACGCUUAAUACCAAUGAUCAAUAAUCUGGAAGAAGGCACAUUCUUUGCUCCUGAUAAUGCUGCAUUUGAGAAAUACAAAGGACCUUCUAUUACAAAAGAUAUCUUACUGUAUCAUUUACUUCCUUAUCAAUACACAACAAAGGAUUUUAAUGAUGGCCAAGUACUCGAAACAAGUUAUCUAAGACCAGGUUUAUUAGGAGAUAAACCAACAGGACAGAAACUUAAGAUUACUGCCACUUUUGAUAUGUUUUACCAUGUAAAUGAAGCAAGAAUUAAGGAUAAAGAUGUCUUUGUGAAUAGAAACACGACUCUAAAUGUGGUUGAUCGUGUAUUAGAACCACCCAAGAUGAUAUCUGAAUUAGUCCCAAUCUAUGACAGCAAACUGUACGGCCUUUGGAAAAAGACAGGUCUAGAUCGACUUGUUCAAGAAAAGCGUCCUUUUACUGUAUUUGUGUCUGCCAAGUAUCUAUUGGACAGGUUCAGUCAUGUUGAACAAGACUAUUUAAUAUCCAAGCAUGGUCUUGAUGAUCUUCAACACGCAUUAAAAUACCUUGUUAUUCCUCAAGCGGUAUUUUUCGAUAACCAUCCUCAAGAUGAAACAAACUACACAUCUGAAUCAGGUGAAGAUGUCAAGAUCUCUGUGAAUAAAUAUAACCAAGUGAGUAUAAAUGGCAUCAAAGUGAUUGAAAAAGACAUUCUAGCUGCCAAUGGUGCCAUUCACAUCUUGAAUGAUUUGCCUUAUGCAGAUUCAAUUGUGUUUGAUACAAGAAAGUAUCUGUUUGGGCUAAAUGCUACCAAGUUUGUCUCUUUAAUUGAUGCUUAUGGACUAGGAAGGUUCUUAAACAAAGGAACAAACAAUGUCACUAUUUUAGCACCCACAAAUGAAGUGAUUGAUGAAGACAGUAUUCCUAACAAUCAAAAAGUGCAAUGGCUAAGUUAUCAUCUUGUACAAGGUGCUUAUAAUCCCUCUGAUCUUUCAGAUGGACAGCUUCUCAAGACAGAAUAUAAUGCCACACAACUCUAUAAUGACUCACAAAGACUGUCUGUCAGUAUUGGAAAAUCAAAAGAUGAUCCUGUCUUGGAAUCACUCAUUAAAUCUAUUCGUUUUGGUGACUAUUCCAAAGUGAUUGGGGUUGACAUGUCUAUCGAGGGAAAUGUCAUUUACCGUAUUUCUGAUCCACUUGUGUUGCCCAUGGACAUCUUUUCUCGCCUGGUUGUUGACCUUGAAUUAUCUACGUUUAUUGCUACUCUUUAUGUGUCUGGUGUUGUUGAUCAGAUCAAGAAAGCCAAAGCGAUUACUUUAUUUGUGCCUACUAAUCAAGCCUUUAAGAAUCUGGGACUUGUGUCUCGUUAUCUUGUUCAUCCUACAGGCAGAACAGAUCUUCAAAAUGUACUUUUGUUUCAUGCUGCUACUCUUCCUCUUUACUAUCAUGACCUUCAAGGUGACGUGCUUCAAGUGACUACAUUAGCCAAUGAAUCCCUUAUUAUUAAUGGCAAUAAUCCAGACAGAUCUGUUUGGAUUGGCACAGACACAGAAUCUCAAGACAAUGCAUUAGAUGAACAUGGCAUGAUUCAGCAGUCGAAUAUGAUUGUGUCUAAUGGUGUUGUUCAUAAAAUUGAUCAUUUGCAGAUCCCCAACUGUGUCAACGUUACCCAUCGCAACUUACUCAAGGGCAUCAAUGCCAAUAUCAUGUUCAACAUUCUCAAGCGAACCAACUUGUUGGAUCAAUUGGACAUGACUGACAAUUUCCUGCUUGCACCUACAGACAAGGCAUUCGAGCACAUUGAUCUUGAGUCGUUAUGGAACGAUACGACUAAACUUGAACGCAUAGCUCGAUUGCAUAUUGUGCCUAAAUCCAGUGGUCGCAAACCAUGGUUUCUUCAUCCUCUGUUAGGGGAUCAAGAAUAUAGUACAUUGCUUUCUGACCGAGAUAAGAUUGUUGUGCGUGAAAUGGGGUAUGGACUGACCAUCAUUCGAGUCAAGGGAGAGCCUUAUGGUGUUCAUGCUCGUGUGCUCGAUAUGGGUCAUGUCAGCACAGGAGAUCGAAGUGGCGGUGUGAUGGAAAUUGAUGCUGUCCUUUUCCCGCUUGAAAGAGGUGCCUUUGGAUUGCCUUGGAUUUGGUCUCUUGUGACUGUUAGUUUGAUAUCAUUUGUAUUUGGCCUUGUUAUAUUAGUAGGUAGUAUUGUUCUAUUUAAACGAUGGAAGAGAGCUGGAUACCAAACCAUUCAAGAAGAGAGUCUUCAUGAAGAAUAAAAAUUCCUCUUAUUUCUUUUUUGGAGAUCAACGUCA